AUGGGACCGUUAGUGGGAGCUAUAGACGAAGGCACUUCAAGUGCGAGAUUUCUUUUAUUUAAAGCUGGCACACCAGAAGUGGUAGCGUCCCACCAAAUAGAGCUAUCGCAAAUUUACCCACAAGAAGGAUGGGUAGAGCAAGAUCCUUUGGAGAUUCUCUCCGUUGUAGAAACAUGCAUAGAGAAAACGAUAGACAAGCUAAUCACGUUGGGUGGAAGUGUCGAUGAUAUCGUUUCUGUAGGGAUUACAAAUCAAAGGGAGUCGACUGUACUGUGGGACAGGCAGACGGGGCAACCUUUGUACAAUUCCAUUGUUUGGCUGGAUGUAAGGACUUCUUCUACAGUCGAUAGUUUGUUGAACAAAGUUCCAAAUAAAACGAGAAACAAGAAUUACUUAAAACCUCUUUGUGGUCUUCCUCUGUCUCCAUAUUUUAGUGCUGUGAAGAUUAAAUGGUUACAGGAGAAUAUUCCCAAAAUACGCAGUUCUAUGGCUGCAGGAAACUGCAUGUUCGGUACUAUCGAUUCGUGGUUGAUUUGGAACUUAACAGGAGGUGUUAAUGGAGGCGUUCACGUCACUGAUGUUACCAACGCAUCAAGAACCAUGUUGAUGAACAUCGAUACGCUUAAAUGGGACCCUGUCCUUAUAAACUUCUUUGACAUUCCUAGCAAUAUUCUGCCCUCUAUACGCUCCAGUUCGGAGGUUUACGGAAGUAUUACAAAGGGGUCGCUGAAGGGAGUCAAACUGGCUGGAUGUCUGGGAGAUCAACAGUCAGCACUGGUAGGACAACAGUGUCUUAUUAGAGGACAGGCUAAAGCUACCUAUGGUACUGGCUGUUUUCUUCUCUACAAUACCGGAAACUCGAAAGUAAGUAGCUCUCAUGGGUUAUUGACAACAAUCGCCUACAAAUUUGGCCCAGACAAACCUGCAGUUUAUGCUUUAGAAGGUUCCGUUGCCAUAGCUGGAGCCGCUAUGAACUGGUUGAGAGACAAUUUGACGGUACUCCCCAACUUUGGAGAAGCCCAAAAGAUCGCCGAGAAGGCUGCGGAUAUAGAAGGAGGAGAUGUUUACUUCGUGCCUGCGUUUAGUGGAUUGUACGCUCCAUAUUGGCAGCAGGAAGCUAGAGGUGUUAUAGUUGGAAUAUCUGAGGAUACAGAAUCGUCCCAUAUUGUAAAAGCCACCUUAGAGGCAGUUUGUUAUCAAACGAGAGAUAUUUUAGAAGCAAUGAACAGUGAUUAUGGUUCCCCUUUAUCAGUUUUACAGGUUGAUGGUGGUAUGACAGCCAAUCCCCUCUUGAUGCAGAUGCAGGCAGAUCUAGCAGGAAUAACAGUGUUAAAACCGACUAUGGCCGAAAGUACAGCUCUAGGAGCAGCGAUGGUAGCAGGAGCAGCUGUCGGAGUGUGGGAUUUGAACAAAGCACUGGACAUCCCCGCGAUAAAAUGGACGGCCAAGUGUACGGAGAAUGAACGAGACGUCAGGUAUGCCAAGUGGAAGAUGGCAGUUGAACGAGCUAUGGGAUGGGACAUGUCUGUAUAG